UCGGUACAAUAAUAUUUGCUAAACUUGUUUUUCAUUAUCCUUAUACACUUAAAUCGAAUAUUUUUUGUGUGAAUUUAUAAUUAAAUAAGAAUAACAAAUAAUUAGUUCAAUUUUAAACCAUUUUAUCUGAAAAUCUAAUCUGUAAAAAAAAGAAUAACAACAAUUUACUACUAACUUCGACUGAUUUGUGUAAACUUAGUUCAUUUGUGUGUGUGUGUGUGUGUGUGUGCGUGUGAAUAUCCUUUGGAAAUGUCCAUAUCCUUGUAGCAAUUUUGUUCCGCAAUGUUUUCAUGAAAACAUACAAGAUUAUUAAUUGUCAAGGUUCGGAAAAUUUACAUUGAAAAAUCCCCUGAAGGAUGUAAAAAAGUUAAGGAAGCAAUGAAAAUGACAAAAUAUUCCCCUUUUAUGUGAUACACAAAGAGAGAGAGAGAGAGCGAGAGAGUGAUAAUAGCGUAACAUAUCUCUUUGAUUUGGAAAUUAUUUCAACAAAUUAAAGGAAAGAAAUUAACUGAUAAUGCAAUAACAAAUUAGAAAUAACAACAAUCCAACUGAAACAUAUGGCGAAGAGUUGCAAAUUGGUUUUAUGAAAUAUAAUGAUGCAUAAAAAAUACUUCUCCAUCAAAGUGACAUCGAUUAUUUUGCUCUUUUGUAAUGUGAUUUGGACAAUACGUUUAUGUUUUGUCAGUCAACAUCUGUCAAAUCUACAGACAUUGACAAAUCGUAAUGCUACGCUAUUAAAUGGCAAUCGUCGUAUGACAUUAAAUGCUGCUGCUGCCGGUGUAAAUAGUCCCUAUGGUGAUAGUAAACAAACUCUGGCCGCAGCACAGCACCUGACAUCAUCACAACUCUUGGCGGAACAAGUAAAAUCUCUAAAUAGCUUAGAGUCGUUUUCAUUGGCUUUUCAAAAUCUAUCUCUUAAUCUAGGCCGUUGGGAUAAUCAACGUUUAUACAAGCUAUUUGAUUUUGCCCUGGUCGGUGAUAACUAUGAAGAAUCAUCGGCGGAUAGUUUAAUAUGCCUGGCCACCCAGACAUCGGUGGAACGUCUGCACUCACUGGCCGAGGUGGCGAAACAAUUUCAAGGACCCAUAUCCAUUGCUGUCUUUGUGGCCGGCAAUGAUGAAUUCACCAUCCUCCAAUAUUAUGUGACCUAUUUGCGGCUCUGCUUCGAUUUCAUACGCUCCAAUGUGACAUUCCAUUUGGCAUAUCCCCGUGAACGGAGACCCCAACACGAGACGGCCGAUGCCUAUAAGCUGCUGCAAAUGUUCGAUUGCCGCUAUCCGCUGAAGACAUUUCUGAAAAUAUCCCAGCUGCGUACGAGCGAAACGAAACGUUGGCGUCUUCGCAAUCUCUAUCCCCAGAAUCAUUUGCGUAACUUUGCCCGCAAAGGCUGUCAAACGAAAUAUGUAUUCCUCACCGAUGUCGACAUCAUACCGAGUGCAAACAUUGUACCGCUGCUGAAUGAGUUUCUUGCCACAGCGUCGGCCAGGUGUUCGUCGGGGCUGUGUGCUUACGUCAUACCAACACUCGAGAUCGAUGAGCGUGUGCGUUUUCCCUCGCACAAAAGCGAAUUGCUACGUCUAAUCAAAAGAGGUUUGGCACGGCCGUUCCAUGAAAAAGUUUUCAUCUACAAUCAGUUUGCUACGAAUUUCUCGAGUUGGCUGGCCAAUACCCAGACUGAUGACCGUAUCUCGAUUAGUCAUCAAGUGACAAAUUAUGAAUUCUUCUAUGAACCCUUCUAUGUUGCUUUGGAUAAUGCGCCCCCGCAUGAUGAGCGUUUUGUUGGCUAUGGAUUUACGAGAAAUUCGCAGGUUUAUGAAAUGUAUAUAGCUGGCUAUUCGUUUCAUGUCCUUACACCGGUCUUCACCUGUCACUGGGGUUUGCAGAAAAAGAAUGCCCGUCCAUCGUGGCGUGAACAACAGAACACCAUCAACAGUAAACGUUUUGAGAUUUUCAAAAAAGAAAUUUUCGCACGCUACAAACAUCCACCCAUUAAGCAAUUGUUUAAAACAAGAACAUAAGUUCGGAAGCGUGACGAUGCUGUAUCGAUUCUUUUCGUUUGUCAACAACACAGCUCAGGAAGGACAAGGAUGUCAUUUUCUAUAAUUUCUUAAAAAGGCAACAAUGAAUUCAAAACGCCCACAUGCCCCAUGGCCGGUGACAACAACCAGAACAACAAAACAGAAA